CCUUCGCUUCUGCGGCUGUCGCUGCCGAAUUUCUUCCCUGAUGCAGAGGCUGAUGUCUUCCCAGAGAUCUUAGAGCUGGUAGACCAAGCCUACAUGAAGAUGCUGGCGGCAACCUACUGUGGUAUGGCUGCACAUGAGCAAGCCUCCGUCCGGGCAGAAGCCAUCCAAUAUCUGGGUGCUGCUUCGGGGCUGGGCAAAAGACCAAAGGCUUCCCAUAACAACAACUAAAGAAGAAGCCAUUAAUGAACUGGUCGUCGUCCUCAUUCACCUCGAAGACGAGGAUGAGGUGGCCAAGGCCGCAAGGAGGGCUCUUUCCCAUCUAGCCCCACAAGUCAAUUGGUCGGCGCAUCCCAACAAAUUUAGCUUCCACUUUGUUCUCCACCAGGCUGCCAAGCAUCUGAGCAAGACCUUCAGCAAGAACAUCCUUCGGAGUGCUGCCUUGGCAUGUACGAAGCCAUCUGCCAACAGGCUGCCAGCAGUCUCCAGGGUAGCAGCUCUGCUUCUGGGUCAUCUGGCUUUCCAGGAUGCCGAUUUCAUCCACAGUCAAGACAUGGCAUCCUACAGCACAUGGCUGGAAGAGAUGCAGCAGCACGAGGAAGAAGGGCUCAGGCGGACAGGGAGGAGCUGCCUGAACAUCAUGCAGCGGGCCUAUAAACAUCGGCAGAAAGGCAGGGUCCGGCGCCUUGUGAGGAGGCUGCUCUGCUGUAUUCACAGGGAACCUUACCCGCAGGACUUCCUGAGCUGCAUGCCAGAACAUCCGCAGUAGCGCCAGGCCAAGGCAACGUGAACAUCAGAGUUGUGCUGCAGAGAUACCAUCUUCUGCUCUCCCUGGGAUCCAGCCUGGAUCAGCGCCAGGAACAUCAAGGCCAUCAGGAUCGACCAAGACGAGUGGUGCUGCCCUCAUGGCCCUCCUUACAUAGUGGUAGGAAACCUUUUGUUGUUGUUGUCUUUUUUGUUGAUGUUGGUUUUGAUUGUUGAUUGUUGAUUUUAUUGAUUGAUUUUGAAUCUCAGGGUGGUUCACAACAGCAAGUUACAGUAUACGAAGCACAAAAUACAUAAUAAGAAUAAUCACUGCGCUAAAAUCAUCAUAAAAAUAUCGGAACAUAAUAUAUAUUAAAAUAAUAAAAACAUAGUACUGUUAAAAAUAGCCACAAGACUAAUGUAUGCACACUAAUAAACAAUACAGAAGCCUUUAAACAACCCUCCAG